AUGAGAUCGACACCGACACCGACAGCUCGGACCUCACACGUCGAAGGCGUUCAGCUAGCGAUGGCUCAAACAGCAGUUCGGCUGAGAAAAAACAAGGAGCAGAAGAAGGAACACGAUCCCAACGAUACAAGCAGUGCAUCAACUGAGGAGCACACCGACGAACCUGCAAAGGCCCAUUCAGCGCGUCGCAAGCGUGCAGCCCCAGAAGGUGAAGAAGCUCUUGAUGAAACUCUGGACACCAAGGACGCAAGCAAUGUGGAUGAGGCAGAUGAGCUGCAUGUGGAGAAUCCGGAGGAUUAUGCCCAGGGCUGUGAGGUGCUCGAGGUGAAUUCCAAAGAGGCCAACAACGAGACCUUCCUAGAAUAG